AGGACCUCGUGCCGGAGGUGGCCCGCCGCAUCGGCGGUCAGCACCUCUUCAUCUCGGAGCGCACGCCGAUGCUCUUCGCGGGCGAUCAGGGCACCGCGUCCCACGUUCACAUCGACAACAAGCCCCUGAUCCAGUUCUGCCACGUCCUGCAUGGCACCAAGCUCUUCUGCGUUGCGCCUUCCGCGCCAUGGGUAUCGCAGGACCAGGCGGCCGACGCGGCCCACGGCGAGGUGUCGCUGCCUGUGGACGUUCCGCUCGCGGACGACGCCGCGGAAUGGCUGCAGCGGCCGGACACGUCCGUGUGCGCCGGGCGGCCCGGCGACCUCUUCCUCUUCCCGGGCCGCAAGCCGCACUGCGGGGCGAACGGCCUCGGGGCGCUCUCGGUGGCGCUCUUCCACGGGGCGCGGAGGGUGCAGGACAUGGCCAGCGGCGUCUUCGGGCCGGGCAUGCAGCAGCUUGCGAUGAGGCAGCUGCACGGGCGCUAGCCUGUCGCGCCGUGGCGGCGGGCCCCGCUCGUCGGCUUCCCCCCUCGCGGGGUGGAGAGCGGCCGCCCCGCGGGGAGCGCGGCAGAAUGCGCCGCCCGCGUGCGCUCC